GGCACACGCGUCCUCCCACAUAGCACAAGGUGAUGAACAAAUUGAUUGCGUGCAACACACUCUGGACGAUCCGCCCAGCCCGAAAUGAAAAACUGAUGGAAAGAAAAAAGCCGCCGCCCGCGUUCGAAAAAGCAAACGCAGAACGGCGCAGGGCAGCAACCAAUCCACGUCACAUGCACAUCACCACAUCGCUAUGACACACGUACACCCGGCAGGCAGGCAGUACACCGCAGCAAUAGAGGUCAGGUCAGCCGAUCGAGGGGAAAAACGCCCUCGCGAGUCAGUCAGUCACACGAUGGAUGUAGCAGUGCAUGUAGGGACAUGAAUCACGACGCAAGAAGGGGCUCAUUCUUGUCAUCUGUGCCGAUCGGCACCACCACGCUCUUGGCCAUCCCUCCAGUGCCCGGCGCCUCCACGAACCCCUCGGGCAGAGCUGGCUCGGGUGUUUCCCAGUGCAUGUCGUCCAGGAAUAGCUUGGAGGGCGGCACGGCGUCGGCCUUGAGCACCAGCAGCCCCGUGAUGAGGCCGGCUGUGAUGGCCACACCGAGCAUGACGACGAUACCCAGGAGCUGCGUGACGGCCUGCACACACACAGAUAGAGCAAAAUCGAGCAAGAUGGGAUUUGCUGUAACUGUAUGUGAGCGCACUGUAUGUGGGUACCGAUGGAGUGUCUGACGUCAGUGAAGCGACGAUGACCGAGAUGACGGCCCCGAGCAGUGCCGGCAUGCCGUGAAGGUUGUGGACACCACACGUGUCAUGCAGCCCCAAGUAGCGCUCCAUUGCAGGCUGCGAUAUAAGAAAGGGCCCAUCCUGUGGGAUUCUUCCCAUAUAUACGUCCUACCUACCGAGAUGAAUGCGAUGCCGACGACGGAGAGGAUCCCCGCCAAGGAGCCGACGACCAUGGCCCCCCACGGAUGGAUGGGAAAGUUGGCCACGAUGCCCACGGCAACACCUACAAGCACACCGAACAGAAGAAUACAGCAUGGAAACCCCGCUUCCCCCUUCGCCCUUUUCCCUCCUCUCCUCUCACCGCCUGCCAAUGUCGCAUUCUGCACGUCCACCAUGCUGAGCUUCUUCAUUUCCUUCUCAGGCCGAAUGCUCAUCGACACUGCCAUCGCCGUCAGACACGAACUCGCAAUUGCCAGGACGGUGUGAAGGAUACACAUCUCGCGAGCAGCCCCGUGGACAGGGAUGGCCACAAAGGAUGGCCAGAAGAUCCACAGGAAGACCGACCCGAUCAUGGCGAACAGGUCGGAGAAAUACGACGACGCGUUGUCGGGCUGCUCGGCCAGCACCUCCCUGGGAGAGAGAAUGGCAGACGCGGCAAGACCUGAACGACGACAGACAGACAGACAGACAGACGACAUGAAAAACAUGCAUGAAACGCACUGGAGCGUCUCUGGCAGCGUACCGAAAUAGCAGCCGAACGCGUGGAUGCCAAGGGAUCCACCAACAUCGCUGACGCCCAGUAGGUCCAGCAGGCGGAGAUUGACGGCAUACGCGACACACUCGAACAGCGUCAGGAACAUGAGCUGCAGCGGGCCUGUCUUGCCGAGAAGGGCGCCGAAAGAGAUCAGAACUGCGGCGGCCGCGAAGUCGCCUGUUCUUUAUACAGAUCUGUGUACACUGAUGUACCCCGACGCCAAGCACCCGGCCAUACCUUGCACGAGCUGCUGCACCGAUAUGACGACUUUCGUGGGGAAGGACGCCUCGUCGGAUGCUGACGGGAUCAGCUGCUUGGAGUACCCAACCACCAGCAUCGCCCACUCUGCAGGACAGGCAUGACGGGAGAACGAUGCAUCCGACACUUCCUCUCUGUGCUCCCCACUUACCGAUGGCCAGCGCAGCGAUCAUGUAAUUGAAGCCCACGGCAGAGAAGCCAUAGCGACGGAGAAAGGCCAUCAAGAAGCCUGCAUGAGCCACCGUGCAAUGCACAUCGCCCGCCUCAUGACAUUGUAAGUGCGCCAACCUACCAAAUCCGAUGAAGAUCAUAACAUGCACGUCCUGGUAUAGUGCAUAGUCGUCUGUGAGGUGCGUGUCCGGCUUGGUCUUCAGCGUGGUUGUGCUGCCAACAGCGUAGAGGGCGAUGAGCGCUCCCUGGAUGAUCAAGAAGGCAAGCGUGAAGCGGUACGAGCGACCAAUGGAAGCACUCAUCGCAGCUGCCCCUGCAGCCCCAGGGCCUGACAACGUCAGCAAAGCACCCCACGCGUCGGCACGUGCGCACAAGAGUGGAUGAUGCGCAUCGAUGGCUGGUGGGUGGAGUGUGCUUACCUGUGGAUAGAUCUACGUAAGCAACGACCUUACAAUCAACAGGGGCUUGAAGCAGGAUGCAUCGAAUUGGCUUAGCUCGCAU